GUCAAAAUUACUCCCCACUUCAAAUCAGAGACAAGUCUCAUUUUCAGAGCGUCGUCUACAGAUCGUGGGAAUUUUCUGCUUUGAUUUAAGAUAUUUCGCGCCUCCAGUUUAAUUAUCAUUACUAGUCUGUCUUCUUGUACGUACCAUGGGAGUUCACGGUCUGUGGAGGCUCAUUGAGCCUUCCGGUAAACCCGUACCUGUGGAAUCCCUAGAAAACAAAAUAUUGGCUGUCGAUGUUUCAAUUUGGUUGCACCAGGCAAUAAAAGGAUUUCAAGAUGCUAAAGGUGCACCAGCUCUUAACGCUCAUUUAUUGGGCAUCUUUCACAGAGUUUGUAAACUUUUAUAUUUCAAAAUCAAACCUGUGUUUGUUUUUGAUGGUGGUGUACCAGUACUCAAAAGAGAAACUAUUGCUAAAAGAAACAAACUGAAGCAUAAAAAUAUAUCAGAAGCAGAUAAAAUUCAGAAACAACUGCUGGAUACCUUAAUUAAACAUUCAGCGGUCAACAAAGUAUUAGGAGAAAAGGCUAAAACUGAAUUAGCUUCUGUGUCUUCUUCUAAACAAGAAGAUGACUUAUUCAAACUGCCAAAACCUGAGGUGAAAUCGGAGAACAACGAUGAUCAAGAUUCCUCUAGUGAUUCUGAGUUUGGGAGUCCAAGUAAAAACUGGAAUCUACACAAUAUUGAUACCACAUCUGAACAUUUCAAAUCAUUGCCUGCAGAUGUUAGGCAUGAAAUCCUAACAGAAUUGAAAGAGACAAGGAAGCAAUCUUCUUGGGGAAGAUUACAUGAAUUGCCUACCCAGAGUGAUGAUUUUUCAGGUUUCCAAAUGAAAAGACUUCUUAAAAGACAAGAAGUUCAAGUAGCUUUAGAAGAAGCAGAAAAAGAGAUGGGUGGUCACUCACUUUCAUUAGUCGAAUUAGAAGAAAUUCUCAAAGAUCAAGGAGUUAUUACUAAAAAUACAAUAGGAAAUAGAAUCGCUUCAGAUGAAAAUACAAGAUAUCUCUAUAUUAAAGAUGUGAAACAGGCUUUAGAAAGAGCCAGGCGUGAGGAGGAAAAGAAAAAGUUGAAAUCUAUAAAAGAAGAAGAUCCUGACAAGGUUACGAAAGAAGAAGCUUUUGAAUCAGAAACCAAUGAAGGUGAUUUGGAACUAGAAGCAGACAUACAGAGAGCCAUUUCUCUCUCUUUGCAGGACCAGCCAUCAGGAUCUGGUCAGGGUGGAAGAAAAAAGCUAUCUGAUUUUUCUUUUCUAGAAAAUUUUGAUGAUGCAGACUUUGAAUCAGAUACAGAAGAUGAGGACAUAACUCAGACCACUAAAAUUACUAAGUUAACUUCUGCUCAGAACUAUAUGAUGGAAUAUAGUGGCUUGGCACCAAAUGAAAUAGCAAAAAUUAUUUCAAAUAAUGAAAAAAACAAAACGAAUAAAAGAAAAAUUUCAACAAUAUUAGAAGAUGAAAUCUAUAGAACAGACACUGCAACAAUCGGAAAGUCUGACAAAAAACACAAUAAUGAUGAAAUCGAUAAAGAGAGAACAGCAGAACCAAAAAUUAAAAGGAUGAGAUCAAUGGAAGACAAUGAUCCAUCAGAGGUAUUAUUAGAAAGUGAAAAUUCCUCAGAUAAUUUUGAAGAAGUGGUAAUGAAUGUACAGACUGAAACUGUAAAACAGAAACCUGAUUUUUCAAUAAUUGAUGGAGAUAAUAUUAGUGAAAAUAAUAGUGAUUCUGUAAAAAUCUCAAAUUUUGAAAGCGAAAACCGGAAAAAAAUUGAAGUGAUAGAGGACACAUCUAAAUAUAAUAAAAAAUCCUCGAUGGAAGAACUGAUAACUGGAAGUGAAGAAUCUGAAAUGGAAUUUGAAGAAGUAGAGGAGACCUUGUCAGAAAAGGAAAUAAGAAAGGAUGAUAAAAGUGAUUCUGUUAAAAUCUCAAAUUUUGAAAGCGGAAAGACAAAAAAAAUUGAAGUGACAGAGGACACAUCUAAAUAUAAUAAGGAAAAAUCUUCAAUGGAAGCAGAACUGAUAUCUGGAAGUGAAGAAUCUGAAAUGGAAUUUGAAGAAGUAGAGGAGAUCUUGCCAGAAGAGGAUAUUACAAAAGAUGAUAUAAUGGAAAUAAAGAUUGAAACUAAGGAAUUUAAUGAAGAAGAUGACUUCUUCGCUGAUAUUUUUAAUUCAAAAAAUGAAAUUUGUGAAUCAAAAAAGGAAGAAGAUAGUAUUGAUGAAAAAAGUCAAAAUAAAGUGAAGGAAAAAAAAGAAGAAAAGAUAAUAGGUGUUAAAGAACACACAGAUAAGAGUGAACUUCUAGUAGAACUGAUGGAAAAAGCUGAAGAUCUGAGAAACAAAGAAAGAGACGAAAAAUCUUCAGAAGUAGUAAUUUCAAAGAAAGCAGAUUUGAAAGAUAAACCUAAAUUAACAGAAAAAGAUUUGAUUACUCUACAAGAUGAUUUGCAUAAAGAAGAGCAGGAACUGAGGAAUGAGCAAGGUUUAAGGGAACGGUUAGGAACAAAUAUCACUGAUCAAAUGUACCAAGAGGCUCAGGACUUAUUGGAGUUGUUUGGUUUGCCUUAUGUGGUGGCACCAAUGGAAGCCGAAGCCCAGUGCGCUUUUUUGGAAACUGCGUCUUUAACUGAUGGAACCAUUACCGAUGAUAGUGAUAUAUGGCUAUUUGGUGGUAAAACAGUCUACAAGAAUUUCUUCAAUCAGAGCAAACAUGUUCUAGAGUAUAGAGAUGAAGAUAUUAAACACCACUUCAAACUAACGAGGGAACAGAUGAUUUUACUCGCGUUAUUGGUAGGAAGCGACUAUACCACUGGCUUGCAAGGUGUGGGUCCAGUUACUGCAAUGGAAAUUUUGGCUAAUUUUCCGCCUAGUAGCACUUCAAGUUUUACCUUGUCUCACAAUCAACUCUUGGUGGGGUUGAACGAAUUCAAAUCCUGGUUUGUUGGAGGAAAGUCGAUAGCCAGAGGAAAAAAUUCCUUGCGGAACAAAAUGAAGAACGUUACUUUCACUGAAGGUUUCCCAAGUAUGCAAGUGGUUCAAGCAUAUUUGAAUCCAACAGUAGAUGACAGUGAGGAACAAUUUUCCUGGUCUAAGCCAGAUAUUGUUGGUCUUAUUGAUUUUGGUAGAUCCAAAUUUGGAUGGAGUAAAAUUAAGACAGAAGAUAUACUCAAACCUAUUAUAAAAAGAAUGAAGGAGAGCAAAUACCAAAGCACUCUCCUCAAUUAUUUCAAAAUAAAACACAACUUGAAUGCUGAGGAAGCUCAAAAACUCAUGAGCGAGAGAGUGAGAUUAGCUGUGAAUAGAAUUGGAAAAGAUCCUAAAGAUAUUGAAGAGAGUGAUGGUUCAGAUUGUGAGGAAUCCAUAAAAAUCAAAAAGAAGAAAUCUGAUAAGGGAGAUAAAAUGAAAACUAUUUCUGUAAAAAAGAAAGCAAAAAAUGUAGAAGACAUGUUGUCAGAUGAAUUCAUUGAGAUAGAUCAAAUUGAAGCACUGCUAGAAAAUGUUGAAAAAGAAACUAAAACAGGUAAAAGCAAAGAAAGAAAAAAGAAAAAAUUGCCUAAAUCGUCAAAGCUCUCAGAUGAUUUAUUACAAACCGGAGUUAAAGAAUGUGAUGAAAACAAAGAAAUAGAAAAAACUAAAGAAGUAAUCUCAGUUGAACCUUCAGAAAGUAUUGAAACAAAAAAAGAAGAAUCUAUUUCACUACUAAAAAAUAAAGAGAUGAACCUUCUAAUUCAAGUAUUGUCUAAUCAAGAACCAAGUACCUCUAAGAAUGCUACUAAAAUUGCUAAAGUUAAAAAGGUGGCGGAAAAAAUAGAAAAGUUGAUUAACCCAGAAUUAGAACCAACUAAAAAGAAAGACUCUUUUGAAAAUUCAACAGAACAAGAGAAGCUACCUAAAGUUGAAAGUAAUGUAAUGAAAUUGAAACGAAUAGCUAAAAAACUGGAAGGAAAAAGUGUAGAAUUGAACACAACAAAAGUAACCAAAAGAGGUAGAAAAUCAAAACCAUCCACUUCAAAAGGUAUUGAUAACAUUGAUGAAGAGUUGCAACUGCUGGAGAAAACUAAGGCUAUAUCAGAAAAACGUGUUGAAGAAAUAAAAAUGGAAGCAGAAAAAAUGGUCCAACAAGAAUUAAAUAAAAAGAAGUUAAUUGAAAGGAAGCUACACAGGAAGGAAAUAAUUCCUCAGAGAGAACGAGAACAGAAGAACUUGAUGAGGACCAGAAUGAAGGCUAUUGAAGUUUUUAGAAAAUCAAAAAUUGACCCUUGUGCGAAAAAAGGAGGCAUGCACAAAACAAGACAACCUAAAGAAGAUGCGGAACUAUCUGAAAGUAGUAGUGAUAGUGAUUUAUAAUUGAUUGAAAUAAUAUUAUGAUUGUCUGUGAUAAUUUAUUUAUUAUUUAUAAUAUUUUGAAAUUAACUUUUAAACAUUUUUUUACAAAUAGAUAUUUUUUACAAAA